UUCCUAAAAUGAUCAAACUACCCAUACUACGCCUUUCCUAUCUCCCGCGUUUUCAAGUUUAAUACUCAGAAUUUUGGCGCCAUGAUGGAGACGUGUUCAUAGUUCACAAGUAUACCGAUUUCCAGAAUUUCAUCGGCAAUUCACAUUGAGCAAAGAAAUAAUGGGGUUAGAAGCUAACGAUGAACAAUGGAAGCAGAAAUUCCCAGCAUUUCCAUACAAACCGUACAACAUUCAGCUCGAUUUCAUGAACUCCCUUUAUCAAUUUCUUGAUCGAGGCGGGAUUUCCAUGCUUGAAAGCCCCACUGGUACUGGGAAAACAUUAAGCAUCAUUUGCAGUGCAUUGCAGUGGCUCAUUGAUCAGAAGAAAAAACGAAAGUCUACUUCAGGAAAUCAAUGCCCAUCUGAUGAUGAACCUGAUUGGAUGCGAGAAUUUGCGGUAAAGAAAGAAAACCCUAGUCAGGAAAAGAAGAAAAUUGGGAUUCGGUCAAAGAAGUUCACUGAGACAAAACAUCGAACAGUUGGCGUGUGUGAUUUGUUUGGCAAUGAGAGUGAAAUUGGGAACCGUUGUGAGAGAAACGAGAAGACGGGUACUUUCGAGGGGACUAACGACUGUGUAUUGGACGAUGAUGAUGAGUUUUUAGUACAAGAGUAUGAGAGUGAACAAGAAGAUGAAGAGGGUGGGGUGAGUAAGAGGAAAGGCUCGGUUUGUUUGUCGAGUGAUGAAGAUGAAGAUGAGGAUGCGGAGGAUAAGUUGGAAGAAGAGGAAGAGGGUUUAAAGGUUUACUUUUGUAGUAGAACACAUUCACAGCUUUCUCAGUUUAUUAGAGAGCUGAGAAAGACUGUGUUUGGUUCUGAGUUGAAGGUUGUGUCUUUGGCCUCUAGAAAGAAUCUUUGCAUUAAUCAAGAGGUGUUGAAACACGAAAGCGCCACCAGCAUCAAUGAACGUUGUUUAGAGCUGCAAAAGAGCAAGAAAAAUGGAGGUUAUAGGAUGAAGAAGCUUGAACCUGGGGGAAAGACACGAAAGAAAAAAGCUUUGGCAGGCUGUCCAAUGCUCAGAAAACAAAAACUGCUAAAAGAUUUUUUGAGUGAUGUCUCUGAACACGAGGCUUUAGAUAUUGAAGAUCUUGUUGAUCUUGGUACCAAAUUAGGAACUUGUCCAUAUUAUGGCUCAAGACGAAUGGUUCCGACAGCUGAUCUUGUUGUACUUCCCUAUCAGUCUCUGUUAUCAAAAUCAUCUCGUGAAUCCCUUGGUUUAAAUUUGAAGAACAAUAUCAUUAUAAUUGACGAGGCUCACAAUUUAGCUGAUUCCCUUAUUCAUAUGUAUGAUGCUAAGAUAACUUUCUCACAGUUGGAAAAUGUGCAUCAAUGCUUGGAGAAUUACCUUGAUAAAUUCCGUAGCCGUUUGGGGCCUGGAAACAGGCGAUAUAUUCAAACAUUGAUGGUCCUUACUCGAGCUUUUAUGCAAUCUAUUUUUGACAAGAAUGAAGCAAGUGACAAUGCAACUUGCAAUGCCUUUGACACUUCUACGCAAGAAGUUCCAAGCGAAUCAUCGAUGACAAUAAAUGAUUUUUUGUUUUCUUUGAAUAUUGACAACAUCAAUUUCGUUAAACUGAUAAGUUAUGUAAAGGAAAGCAGGAUCAUUCACAAGGUUAGUGGAUAUGGAGAUAAGCUUUCAUGUUCUGAUGUCUUUAAAAGUAAGGAUGGGGGAAGUACCUUAUCUGGAUUUCGGGCAUUGCUUGAUGUCUUAUCAUCAUUGACAAACAAAAAUGUUGAUGGGAGGAUUAUAGUCUCAAAGAUGAGAUCGGAAGUAUUAAGCGAGCAAGGUGGAUUCAUCAAAUAUGUUAUGCUCACUGGUGAAAAGAUUUUCUCCGAGAUUGCAAAUCAAGCUCAUGCAGUUGUCUUGGCUGGAGGAACUCUACAACCUAUAGACGAGACAAGGGAGAGACUCUUUCCCUGGCUUCCAUCUGAUAAUUUGCAUUUCUUUUCAUGUGGUCAUAUCAUCCCUCGUGAGAGUAUUCUACCCAUUGCUGUAUCAAGUGGGCCAUCCGGCAUGUCAUUUGAUUUUAGCUAUUCAUCCAGAAGCCUCUCGAAAAUGAUCGAGGAGCUUGGUCUUCUUUUUAGCAAUUUGGUGACCAUAGUUCCUGAAGGUAUAGUUGUAUUCUUUUCUUCAUUUGACUAUGAGGACAAGGUCUACGAGGCAUGGAGAACAUGCGGAAUUCUACAGAGAAUUACAAGAAAGAAGCGUCUGUUCAGAGAACCUCGAAGCAUUUCUGAUGUUGAGGUUGUUCUGAAGGAUUACAAGGAUACAAUUCACAAGCUAUCUAAUAUAACCCCAAACGAACGCCAAACAUCACAAAACGGUGCAAUAUUGUUGGCUGUAGUUGGCGGAAAGAUAUCCGAAGGCAUCAAUUUUAGUGAUGGCUUGGGCAGAUGUAUAGUAAUGGUCGGGCUUCCCUACCCUAGCCCAUCCGAUAUUGAGUUGAUCGAAAGAAUCAAGCAUAUGGAAGGCAUCACCGACACAUUGCAAGUCCCAAAUCAUGACGUAUACAACGAAGGUAAUCGUCUAGCUGGUUUCGACAUCCUAAGACGCUGCAAGCGAAGAGGCAAAGAGUACUACGAAAAUCUUUGUAUGAAAGCCGUGAAUCAGUCAAUCGGUAGAUCAAUUCGUCACAUAAACGAUUAUGCUGCUAUUUUAUUAGUUGAUUCACGGUAUGCAUCUGACCCUUCAAAGCGAGGCUAUUCACACCCGGCCAACAAAUUACCGCAGUGGAUACAAGACCGUCUUAUUUCUUCUACUUCCAGCUAUGGUGAAGUUCACAGACUGGUUUAGAUAUCGGAUGCCUUAUCUUAAUUCUCUUUUAUCAAAGAUUAGUAUUCCAUAAUUAAGUUUUGGCCGUUAAGAAAAUUAAUUAUUAAGUACUUCCACAAUUAUGAUUAGUGAGUUUGCAACAAGAUAUGCUCUAUAUAUUUAUUAAGGCAUGUGUGAGAGAGUGACCACACUUUGCUGGUCCAGUCCAUUAUUUUGGUUUUUAAAGUAUUAUCCUUUGAGUUUAGGUAACUCUUUGGGUCCAUUUCUCUUACAAUAUUUGAGUUCCAUGUAUUUUUAUGACUUUAAGGGUGGAGUGCAAAAUGAUAAAUUUUUUUAAACACUAAUUGCUUUAUUUUAAUAUACUCUAAGUUCAUCAUAUAUAUUUAACAUUUGAGGCCCUUUUGAUGUAAAUAUUUAAAAUAAAAUUCUUUUAAAGUCCUUUAUUUUUGGGAGAAUUGCCACUUAAUGAUUAAAGAUAAGUGCACUAGAUAGACUGAUUUCAAUGUAUUCAUUAUAAUUUAUUUUAUAGUUUUCUAUGGUGAUUUUGUUGUGGUUGGUUGGUUUUUUAUUUUUCCUACCAUUUUAACAAUGUAAAUUAUAAUGAAAAGAAUUACAAAGAAAGAUCUUUUAGACAUUAUAUCAU